AUGAUGAUAUUAGUGACAAAAAUGUUCUACUUUGUUGAAUAUAAUGAAUAAGAAACUUAUUAUCAACUUAUAAUUAAGUAUCCAUUUUUAAUAAAUGAAUUAUUAGGUUCACUUUAUGUUUUAAAUGUCAAAAAUUUGAAUAUCCUUAUUCAAUUGUUGAAUUCCUAAAAUACUUUGCCUUUUAUUAUUGUUUGA